AUGACAGAGGCUACUUAAAGUUAAACUCACUUAAGCAGCGCAGGAGGAGAUCCGAAGCUUAAGGUAAACACAAGUCUGUAGAAGGAAUACACCACAGCUUCAAUGAUUAAUAGUGCAGUCUAGAUUAAUAGUGCCUACCCCAAGGACAUACCUAAAUCUGGAGGGUACAGUUACUCGCUUCCAGGCUCUCCUUAACAUAGGAUUAUUCAUAGAACUAACAAUGGUAUUAUUUAUGAAGAUCAGGAUGACUUUCUUAAAAAAAUGGCUAAGAAACACGAGUAUUUGUAAGACAAAGGCUGGAAUGCUCCAUUAGGCUAGCCGUACCUGUCUCUAGGUUAGUUUGCCAAUGUAGCUCAAGCCUUCGAAAGUUUAAAGGAAAGUUUGCCUAACGUUUCACAAUUGAAUACAAACACAUCCGAUAUUGAAACUCUAAGAAAUCUAAGAACAAUCAAAAGGCUAUACGGAGGAGAUUACUCGAACAACAGAAAGACUAAGUUUGACAGUCACAUGCCUGCUGUUGAAAAGACUGAGACCGUUCACAUGUACUUGGAUGAUAACACUAUCUAUGGAGGUGUAAUCGGAAUGACCAGGACAGUAGAUGCAGGCAGAGUCAUGAAUAUUCUCAAGGAUAAUAAAGAUGAGAUAACAAGGCUAAAGUUUCCAAAUAGCAAGGCAUACGAGCAGGAAAGGACAAAUAAUCAGUUCAAGUCAGUGCAUAGAAAUCAUAAGCAGCAUGGUCAUCAUCAUGACAAGAGUCAUAGUGGUGCUGGAGGAGGCUACUAAUCUGGUGCUGGGGUAGUAAAUAUUUCAAGCAAGAUUGGAAAUGACAUAGGUCACAACGACAACAAGGAUCCUAAGUACUUCAAGGGAAUGAAUAAUAGAAUACUCAGUCCAAGUUUAAAGAGACUUAUAAUGACUGAGACUGAUGGAAACUAUAUAUUGAAAUAAGAAAUCUAAGAUAGUAUGAAGAGAGUCAAAGCUGCCAAGAAAGGCUUCGGUCUGUAUGCUAUCAGUCCCAGACAUGAUCCCAGCUUCUUUUUGCCAAAUAAGAAGGAUUAUUUCACAGCAAAGAACAGCCCAUUGGCUAUACGAAAGCCAAGCAUUUUGCUUGAUGAUGCAUUGAGUUCAAAUCGUAAGAAAAAGAAGAUGGUUAUAUCAUAGGACAAAUCACGAAUCAUCUAGCAAUAACAAUACAGCACAGAUCCCUUAGUUAAUAGGCAAAGAGAGCCAAUUAGAGCUCUCUCCUCAAAACUAAACGAUGCCUAUUUAGGCACAAUUACUGACAUGGCUGAAAACAGUACAUUCAUAACUAAUGCCAAACUCUACCAAACCAACACAAUCAUUGGCGGCUCUCCUAAGAACAAGAUAAACUAUUCGAACAAUAACAGUAAACUUAACAAUACAACAAUAGGCAUGGGUAUCACGAAUGAUAUGAGAGGUUCUCCUAACAUCAGCAUUACUGAAGAAUUGAUGCAAUCACUACCUAGAAGCACGCUACUCUAGAAUUCUCAACGAGCCAUAACUAAAAAUACUGACUACAAGAACUAUCAAGUGGAUGAUGGGAUGCCAAGGAUACCUUAAAGAUAUAACGAGCUCUCACUUAAACACAAACAUAGACUCUCUGAAAUUGUAGAUUCCAAGAAUAAGAAAUAGUACUAAAAGAUAUCUGAGCAGGCUAGAAAAGAAAAGUAGGAGAAGAAGAUUCAAAAGGAUUAGGUGGUGCUCUCAGCCAUAGACUCAAAGCCUAUCAAGCCCUAUCUGAAACUUAUACAUUUAAAAGACUAUCAGUACUUCUAACUGUCAGGCAAGACCUAGUAAGAUACCAAGGAGAAGAAGCCAGUUAAUCCAAUAGACACUAACAACAAUAAUGAAAAGAAGCCAGAGAAUAAAUCUAGACUUAAUUACUACACAAAACUUGAGAAAGAUCUAGACUAGCAACUUAAGAACAUUCAGGAAACAUAUGACAAUUUGACGAGGUAACAAUAAUAGCAACAGGCAAAUACGAUAACAUAUGGCAAGAAUGCUCAAAUGGGUACUUAAAACUUGUCUAAUACAGCAAAGAAAAAGUAGUUGGAGAUUCAUUAGUCCUCAAACUUAGUGGAAAGGAGGCGAGUUGGGAUAGCUAAAAGACAGACUAUGAAUACUCUGGGGUCAAUUUCUGCAAAAUUCAAUAGUAAUAACACUAUCAACGAUAAUCUUAUGCAAAGUCUAAAUGAAAGUGGAGUAGGAGGGUAAGUUGGAACUAAUUUGGCCAUUAUGAGACCUUCGAAUAGGCUAAAUAUAAAUACCAAUGAACUUGCUCAGAAAGUCAAUUUUGAAGAAGAAACAAUUAGAAAAGAGUAGAUGCAAUACUUGUCAACAUACUUUGAUGAAGAGUUUCUGAAAGAGCUCUAUAAAGAGAAGGGCACUUUCCUAAAACUGUAUCAGCUUUGCUCAAAUAAGCAGGAUGCAAUGUUGAACUAGCAGAUCCUGUUAAGCCAGCCAAACUAAAACAAAUCUUCAAGAGCUUCUCUUGGAUUUAUGAACACACCAACUUCACCUCGCAAAGUAGACGGAAUCAAAUCACUGGGACUCAAGCAGCAAGCCUCUUCAAGUUCUAAUCCUUAAGAGACUUUAAUUAGUUCCAAAGAGGAACAGAACUAGCUUGCCAUUGGCUAAUUGAAAUUCCUAGUCAACCUACUUGAGGAAAUGCUUAACCCCGUUUAGGAGGAAAUGGUUGAACUAGACAGUGUAUAUCAAUUGAAGAACCUGAUUAAGAAAUUCUAUGUUAGGAAAAAUGAGAUUUGUGAUGACUUCAUAGAUAGAUUAGAUGCCAUUUUAAUUGAAAGACCAUACUUUAUGCAAGCCAAAAAGGAAAAGUUCUUCUAGUCAUAUGAGUAAAAGGGAUUGCUAUUAGGAGCAAGGAAAAUAAGAAAUGUCAACGAUGAAAUAGAGAGAAUUAGAAUAGAAUGUGAACUAGACAGAGUAGAGAAUUUUAAGUUCAUAUCUAACUAAGGAACUAUGAUGUAUUAUGAUCUCUGCCAAAAAUUGGUGGAUGCUAAAUUAGACCAGAGAUUACCCUGCUAGUAUGUGAUGGACUAUAUGAAAAACCUACUUGAAAAAGGAUAGUUCUUCCUCUAAGGCGAGCUUGAAUCUGUCUCUUAGUUCCUCAUAGAGCAUAACUCACUUAAUGAAGAUGCCAAAAAGUGCUUGGCAAUAAUUGCCAAAGAACUCAAGCUGAGUUAUGAUAAAGAUGAGCCUACCACAAUGAAGAUGCAUAACUUUACCUCAUAGCUACUAAACAAUGUUUAUCCUAUUUGA